UACAUACAUACAUACAUACAACGGAGCGCUACUCAGAUCGACAUUAUCAAAACCCAUUCUCUCCUUCUUCUUCUUCUUCUUCUUCUUCUACUUCUGCAACUGUGGGGACUCGUCGAUUCAUUCUUUAUUUGAUUCAUCGAUGCUAGUUUAGUGUUUCCUUGUUGCCGGUUUCUUCCGCUACUGCGAAGAACAUUCUUCCGACAUAUAUACUGCUUUUUAAACACAAGAACCGACCCAAUUUCACGCCCAAAUUUCUGGGUUUUCUCUUUCAUCCGCAUUGCUAAACUAAUCUUUCAGUGGGUUUUCCUUAUUUUGCAUUUUCAGCCUGAAAUUUCCCACUGGAAUGUCCCAUUUGUGGUUCUAAUUUUUUUCGAAAAAUCUUGAUUUCUUUUUCCGGUUGUUGUAUUAAUGUGUUUCACCGCGAGAUUCCUUCUUGGAACUCGAAGCCUUGAUUAAUCAUGAAGAUAAAGCUGCGAAAGUCUGUGAUUUUUUUGCUGUCGGUGACCGUUCUCGCUCCAAUUGUUCUGUACACGAACACUCUUGGAGCGUAUCUCGCUUCCUCUUCUUCCAGGAAUGAAUUCAUAGAAGAUGUUUCGACCUUUACAUUUGCUGGUGAAGUCAGACCAUUAAAUGUGCUACCACAGGAGUCGUCUGCUGCGUUGAAAGAACCUCUGGGUGUAGUUUAUUCUGAAAAUUUAGGCGAUUCUAGUUCAGAAAGCUCGAAUGCUUCAUCCGGAGAAAAUGUUCAUAUCAAUAGACAACUCGCUGAAGCAGAGGAUGGAAUUUCAAGUUUAGCCAAUCUGGGCAGUGGAGGGAAUACUAUAAGGCAGGUGACUGAUCAGGAGCACGAGGUUGCGCUGGAGAAGAAGGAAGAAAACACAAGGGAGACUGAAUUGAUUGGGAAAGUAAAUCAGGCUGAGCAGAAUAAAGCAAACAGAGAAAUUGUUUCCCGGCGUUCCAAGGGCAAAUCGGGAAGGCCAUUAGAAAGAACUCACAUGUCCCAGGCUGUUGUCAAAGAUAAUCCAAGAGAAGCUGGAAGUGAGAAACAGAAUGAACGGGUGAUAUUUCCAGAUGCUCGUAUACGUCAGCUUAAGGACCAACUUAUUCAAGCAAAGCUUUAUCUCUCUCUCUCUGUGACUCGAUCCAAUCCUCAAUUUGUAAGGGACCUGCGCUUGCGUAUGAAAGAGGUUGUGAAAGUACUUGGAGAUGCCACCAAGGAUUCUGAGCUGCCAAAGAAUGCUUUAGAGAGGUUGAAAGCGAUGGAUCAAACACUUUCAAAAGGCAAACAAUUGGAAGAAGAUUGUGCUUCCUCAGUAAAGAAACUCCGAGCCAUGCUGCAUUCUGCUGAGGAGCAGCUUCGAGUCCAUAAGAAGCAAAAUUUAUUUUUGACGCAUUUAACUGCCAAGACAGUGCCCAAAGGGCUUCAUUGUCUUCCUCUCCGUCUUGCAACAGAGUAUUUUAUGUUGAACGCAUCCCAACAGCGAUUCCCGAACGAAGAAAAACUUGAAGAUCCCAAGCUAUACCACUAUGCAUUGUUUUCAGAUAAUGUAUUGGCUGCUGCAGUGGUUGUAAACUCAUCGAUAACUCACACAAAGGAUCCAUCAAAACAUGUCUUCCAUAUUGUGACUGAUAGACUCAAUUUUGCUGCAAUGAAAAUGUGGUUUUUGGCAAAUCCUCCUGGCCGUGCAACCAUUCAGGUUCAGAAUAUUGAGGAGUUCACAUGGUUGAAUUCAAGCUACAGUCCAGUCCUUAGACAGCUGGGUUCUCCCACCAUGAUUGAUUAUUACUUCAAGAAUCGACAUGUUGAAUCUGAUUCCAACAUUAAAUUUAGAAAUCCGAAGUACCUGUCAAUGAUGAACCAUCUUCGCUUUUAUCUUCCAGAGAUCUUCCCAAAGCUGGACAAGGUUUUAUUCUUAGAUGAUGACAUUGUGGUGCAGAGGGAUCUUACUGGCAUAUGGUCUCUUAAUCUGAGGGGCAAAGUUAUUGGUGUUGUUGAGACCUGUGGACAGAGCUUCCACCGGUUUGAUCGUUACCUCAACUUUUCAAACCCGCUUAUUUCAAAAACAUUUAGUCCCCGCGCUUGUGGUUGGGCAUUUGGGAUGAAUAUCUUCGAUCUGAAAGAAUGGAGGAAGCAAAAUAUUACAGAAGUAUAUCACAAAUGGCAGAACCUGAAUCAUGACAGGCUGCUUUGGAAGCUGGGGACUUUGCCACCCGGUUUGAUAACAUUCUGGAAUCGCACUUUUGCUCUCGAGAAAUCCUGGCAUGUUCUGGGACUUGGUUAUAACCCAAAUGUAGUGCAGAAGGAUAUCGAGCGGGCAGCAGUUAUACAUUAUAAUGGCAACCUGAAGCCAUGGCUCGAGAUAGGCAUACCAAAGUUCAGAAACUAUUGGGCGAAAUACGUGGACUAUGAUCAAGUGUAUUUGCGGGAGUGCAAUAUCACUCCUUAAGUCUGCUGUCCUCAAGGUUGCAGGUCAGUCACUUGAAACAUUUCUCAUCCAAGCCGGAGAUGUUAGUAACAUAUCUUGUUAGUGGCGUUAGAUAUAUAUAUGAAUCUCCACCAUUCAUUGUUAAAGUCUUGAUUGUUGCAGAUGUGCUUCAAAUAGAACUUGUAUUGUAAAUGAUUGAGCAGAGUCUUCCCCUCCCUCCCCUCUUCCAAAUCCCAAUUUAUAUUAAUUUUUUGCUUGAGUU